UUGCCCUAUCAUGUUUCCCUGAGCUCACCGGGUCUGAGGGGUGACUUCGUCUAAAUCGGAUGAGCCAUGAGCCGAGCCAAGGCUGGCGUCGCGAUGUGGUGGCCGGCCACCAAGCCAUGGACACCACGGGAGGCAGCACCUGGGAUGCAGCGCAUCGUCUCUGCGAUUUCUUGGAAGCCCAGUGGGGCCAGCUGAUGGCCGACGAGGCACCUCGAGCUGUGGAGCUGGGCGCUGGCACCGGCUGGCUGGGCAUGACCCUAGCGCGCAACGUGGCGACGGCCGGAUGCGUUUGCCUCACCGAGCAGGCGAGCGGUGGGGCCAUGGAGUGGCUGGAGCAGAACCUGUCGGCGAACGUGGCGGCGGGCCUGCCGCUGGAGCCCGUGCAGCUGCAGGAGUUGGAUUGGAGUCGCUGGGCUGCUGGAGAGCCCGUCCAACUGCCUCAGCCACCCGAAGGAUCCUGGGACCUGUUGAUCGGCUCUGACCUCAUCUACUCCCAGGCGGGCGUCCAGCUGCUGCCCCGAGUGCUCCGCAGCUUCGCGGAGGCGUUCCCCCAGCUGACGAUGCUCUACUGCCACACCUUGCAUCGCUUUGACGACUUUGACCUGGAAUUCUGCCGAGAAAUCCGACAGCAAGGUUUGCAGUAUCGAGUCGUCGCAGCCGAGGGCGCCGCCAGGCCGGCGGAGGCUGGUAGCGAUCUGGAUCCGCUGGAGGACGACUGCGGCGGCUUCUUAGAGGAGUUGUUCCCGGAGAAGCGGGUGGUGGUGUUUCAAAUCUCGCUUUCCGGGGACUUCUUGGACUGGUCUCCCUGCCUCGCCAGGACGCAGUCUCCACAGUCGGCCGCGCCGGUCAAAGCGGAGACGCCAGGUGCGACAUCCGACGAUGUGGUCGAGGUGGGCCGUAUACGAGUGCUGCUCCCCUCGGCCCAGGCUGAAGAGCCCGGGCCGGAGACGAUUCUCUUGAGGCUGGUGAAUUUGGGCCCGUUCGGCUCUGGGCAGCAUCCCACCACCGCGCUGAUGCUGCAAGCCAUGCAGGACUUGGAUUGGAGCUCCAUCUCUAGCGCCUGUGACUUUGGCUGCGGAAGCGGCAUCCUGGGCCUGUCUGCCUUGAGGCUGGGUGCGCGCAGCUGCCUGGGAGUGGACAAUGUGCCAGAAGCUCUCACUGCCGCGCAGCAGAAUGCAGAGGCCAACGACUGCCUCCCUCGGCUUCGGCUCCACUUGCCUCCCCUGGAUGUGCUGGACAAAGACUUGGACUUCUACACCCGCUACGGCGACUGGCGCAGAGGGGGCGCUGGCUGGACACCUUUGGUGGUGGAGGAGGAGUUUGAUCUUGUCCUCGCCAACAUUGUCGUGGGCCCGCUUUGUCGCUCCGCUGGCUUAGUGCGGCAGCUGCUGAAGCCCCACGGCCAGGUGUUUCUUGCCGGCAUGAAGCAGUUCCAGCAGCAGCAGGUGGAAGAGGCUUACGAGGACUUCGAGUUGAAGGCGGCCGGCUCCUUGGACGGCUGGGCUCUUCUCCAGGGCCGAUUGAAAGAAAAAGGGCCGCGGCGGACCUCGAGCCUCGGCUUUGCCCGGCA